GCCCCAAUUGACGAUCACCUAACCUGAUGAUGGAUCAGGAACAGUUACUUAGCACGUCAAAGUUUCCUCUCAAAAAACACCCUCGAAUGCCUUAAAAUUACCAACAUGCCACGGGCUCAGACCACGCAGCACCGCCCCGCCACGUAAACACCCCAGCCAGUCACUACGAACAGUGCGACGCCGCCACCUUCGCCCCGACUCCGACGUUCUCACAUCGGAAAUUCCUCUGUUUCUUCGAUUGAUCGGAGUUGCGAAGCCAUGGGGGCGGAGAAAGCGAGCAACGCGUCGGUGAUAGAGGACGAGGAAGACGACCUCGAUGAAGAACCCGGUGAGGUCAUCGAAUCGGCGCCUCCUUUCAAGGUGGGCGAGGAGAGAGAGCUCAAUAGCUCCGGCCUCAAGAAGAAGCUCCUCCGCCGUGGCCGUGCCUGGGAUUCCCCCGAGUUUGGCGACGAAGUCACCGUGCAUUACUCGGGCAGUUUGCUUGAUGGAACCAAGUUCGAUUCCACCAGAGACAGGUGCGAGCCCUUUAGUUUUAAGCUCGGCGGAGGUCAAGUGGUGAGCGGGUUGGAUCAAGGGAUAAUUACCAUGAAAAAGGGGGAAACUGCGCUCUUCACAUUGCCUCCUGAAUUGGGUUAUGGAAUUGCGGGGGCUGAUCGCGUUCCCCCGAAUUCGUGGAUUCAGUUUGAAGUAGAACUCGUUUCUUGGAUAUCUGUGGUUGAUGUAUACAAAGAUGGUGGAAUUAUCAAGAAGAUUUUAGUGAAGGGAGAGAGUAACGCACAGCCAGGCGAUUUAGAUGAAGUUUUAGUGAAGUACAAAGUGAGGCUGGUUGAUGGUACCAUUGUAGCAAAAACACCAGAAGACGGAUUGGAGUUCCACGUGAAAGAUUGCCAAUUUUUUCCUGCAUUUCCAAAAACAAUCAAGACCAUGAGAAGGGGGGAGAAGGUCCAAUUAAUUGUUCAACCUCAAUAUGCCUUUGGAGAGGUUGGGAGAGAUGCUGAGAAUGAAUUUCCUCCAAUACCACCUGGUUCUGUGCUGAGCAUUGAUCUUGAGUUGGUAUCUUUCAAGCCUGUGAUUGACAUUAGUGGUAAUUCCAAGGUAUUCAAAAAGAUUUUGAAAGAGGGUGAAGGAGUUCUCACUGCAAAUGAAGGUGCAACUGUAACUGUUAGGUAUACAGCUAGGCUAGAAGAUGGCACUGUAUUUGAGAAAAAAGGUUUUGAUGGAGAGGGGUCAUUGGAAUUUAUCACAGACGAAGAACAAGUGACAGCUGGAUUAGACCGAGCAGCAGCAACAAUGAAGAAGGGGGAGCUGGCAAUAUUGACAGUAGAUCCUGAAUAUGGAUUUGGAAGCGUUGAAGUAAAGCGGGGUCUUGCUAUUGUUCCGCCUAAUUCAACCAUAGUUUAUGAAGUUGAAAUGUUAGAUUUUAUUAAGGAGAAAGCACCACGGGAGAUGAGUAAUCAUGAAAGAAUUGAGGCAGCCAUGAGGAAGAAAGAAGAAGGCAAUCUGCUGUUUAAAAGUGGGAAGUACCAACGAGCGGGAAGGAAAUAUGACAAGGCUGCAGAUUAUGUUGGUGAAGAUGCUUCCUUUGGGGAUGAUGACCAAAAGAAACUCAAAGCAUUAAGAGUGUCUUGCUGGUUGAAUGGUGCUGCAUGUGGCCUUAAACUAAAUAACUUCCGAGGGGCGAUUGACUUAUGUUCAAAGGUGCUAGAUAUUGAGUUCCAUAAUGUGAAAGCUUUGUAUAGGCGGGCGCAGGCUUACAUGGAAACUUCAGAUCUUUUCCUGGCUGAAUUGGACAUCAAGAAAGCCCUUGAGGAAGACCCUCAGAACAGGGAGAUAAAGUUAAUGCAGAAGAGUUUGAAACAACUUCAAGUAGAGAGCAACAGGAGAGAUGCAAAGCUCUACUCAAACAUGUUUGCAUGUGUGACUAAGGACUCUUCUGUUGCCACAAAGAAAUUGAAGAUUGAUAAAACAGAAGAGAAGGGAGAUGAGGAACUCGUGACAAUGGAGAUGGAUAGCAUUACGGUGAGUUCAGCUCCUCCUAACAAUGGCAUGGUCGUCGAUUCCUGAGGAAACGAGGCAUAAUCUCAUUGUAAAUCAUGAGGAAUGCUUCUUCAGAGAGAGAGUUGUGCAGCAGGAGAGAAAGUAGGUCAAAUUUUCUGCAGCAUGUAUAAUACCCAUUCACUCACCAUCUUACGGAAGGGUUUAAGCCAGCUGCUUCCCUGAGAUGGUCUGAGAGUAGGGUGUUUCGGGUUGAAAUGUUCUAUGCUCAUUGUGCAUUUGUUGAAUAUUUUUUGCUGAAUGAAGUUACACUUUAAACUGUCUCCCUAGCUUUCUAUGCAAACGUUGAAAAGACUCAGUUGUCAUUGUAUUUUCCCUACCUUUCUAUGCAAACGUUGAAAAAACUCAGUUGUCAUUGUAUUAACCCCAAAAUGGAAAUAUUAGAAGUUCUUUUUUCAA